CCCCCGGCCGCCGAGCCCCCGGAGCCCCCGGGCCGUGGCCGCUCGGCGCUGUGGCGCUACGGACUGGCCGUCGGCUGCGGCGCCGUCGGGACCCUGGUGCUUGGCGCUGGCCUCCUCUUCUCCGUGCGCUCCGUGCGCUCCGUGGUGCUGCGGGCCGGCGGGCGGCAGGUGACCCUCACCACGCACGCCCCCUUUGGCUUGGGGGCCCCUUUCACGGUGCCCCUGAACCAGGUCUCCUGCAUGGCCCACCGGGGUGAAGUCCCUGCCAUGUUGCCCCUGAAGGUCAAAGGCCGGCGCUUCUAUUUCCUCUUAGACAAAGCUGGAUACUUCCCCAACACACAGCUCUUUGACAAUACUGUGGGUGCCUACCGGAACUUGUAAGGGGUCGCCCACGCACGCCACGCACCCGGGAGAUGAGCGGGACGUCAGGGAUGGGAGAACCGCUGGGGUCACGCAAAGGUACCAGAGAUCCUGAGCAGAAAAUAAAGGCAUGAGCCUCGCAGGUUUUCCCAAAGAGGAGGCUGGCGGUA